UGGUUAUCAAUUCUUUUUUAAUAAAGUUGUAUUCUUACGCUAAGGUUAUAAAUUCAUUUCAAAUCACAGAUGAAGACAAGACAAACGACAGAUCUCUAUUGUGAUAAGUACAUAGCAAGUAUACAUAGUGGGUGUUGAUGUUUCCGGAAACUGUUAUCAUAGUGUAAAGUACGAAAGAAACUCACUCAAUAGGAAGUACAUACAUAGGUAGAGGUACUGUACAAUGUACAUGUAGCAAACACAUCGCAAUCAUUUCGGGAUUAGUGUUCUUUAGGUCACUUUUAAGGCUAUCUCCUUACCUAUUCGACUUAAAUAAUUCAUUUUUAUAAACGUGUUUUACUGUCAGUUCGGUUGUGAUCACAAUGAUGUCUAAAAGUAUUCAAAUUCAACGGUAGUAUUUGUAGAUAUACGAGUAGAUGUUUUCAUUUUUGAAAAAUAAAAGCACAAGAAAUUGUGGAAAACAUUAAAGCACGAUAUGGAAACCGGUGCCUAUAUUUUAAGGAUAAUUUUAUCGAUGUGCUGCAUUAGCCAGAUUUACUCUACUACGAAAUACCCACGCUUUACUUUUCGUUGCAAAAAUGGACAGUACAUCAGGAGCGAAUAUUUUUGUGACGGGUUCAGCGACUGCAACGAUGAAAGUGACGAUCCAAGUUUAUGCAAUACCUGGAAUUGCGGAGAGGGGAAAUUUUCAUGUAGUUCAAAUUCAACCACAGAGGAGUCUUGCAAGAACGCUGAACUUUUGUGUAAUACACAUAAAGACUGCCCCGAUGGCUACGAUGAAAGUAACUGCGGAGAUGAAAUAAACGUCGAGAACUGCGACCUAUACGAUGGGAAGUUUUUAUGCCUAGAUAAAACUAGAUGUAUCGGUCUAGAAAACGUUUGCGAUGGUGUUAUUAAUUGUUUGGAUGGUUCGGAUGAGAACGAAAAUUGCACCAAAAUAGAUUACGAAUCGCUUGACAAAUGCGCUCAUUCCUAUUUUCCUUCUCCGUUGGAGUCAGGCCCACUAUGUUUUUGUGAGUCUGACGAUGACCUAUCAAAUGACCUAUGCCAAGGAAUGAGAGAUUGUACAUUCGAAAAUCAGAAACAAUGCACCCAACGAUGCUCGCAAUAUAAAAAUAGAGUAUUGUGUUCGUGCCACGAAGAUUACAUCGCAGUACCUGUUGGAAAGGGCUUCAGAUGCCAAAGCAGAGAUCAUCAAGGACCGAUGUUGAUUUAUUCGACAGCUACACACAUAAAAUCUCUGAAUACGACUUCGAAAAAACUCACAGUGCUUAAAAAAAAUAUACAAAGUAGAAUUUUGGCAGCUGCUGCAGAUUCCAUUUACUACACUACCUACAAAGACGACAGCAAAAGUAUUUUCUCACUUUCAAGCGAUGGAAGUACAAAACAAAUAGUCAACUCCAGUUCGCCCAUCAUUUCAAUUGAUGUUGAUUACAUUACUGGUAAUGUAUACUUCACUACCAACGGAUCUUUAUCAAUUUGUUCAAAAAAUGGCGAAUUCUGCAGGAUGCUCAUACGAUGCAAUGUAUCUCACGUAACAUUAACACCAAAAUUAGGAUGGAUGUAUUACAUCAAAGCAGCCGGCAAACCAGGAGAACGGCUAAUAAUGAGAUCUAAUAUGGAUGGAUCUUAUGAAACGGUCUUUAUAGAUGGAACCUUCAGUCACAGUUUAAGGAUCGUAGCAGAUGAAUCAUUCGAAAGAUUAUAUUGGCUGGAAGCUGAAAAUAAUCAAGUAUUUUCAAUUUCUUUACAAGAAGAUGCUCAUAAAAUCGAACAUACUCUUAUCAAUUUUGGCCACGAUUUGAACACUUUGUCAAUACUGAGGGUAUUAGAUGGGAUCAUAUAUUACACCCUACGGCGCGAUAAUAAAAUUUACUUGAUGGAAAACGUCGAACGUUUUGUGAGCACGUAUUUUAGUGCAAAGAUAGAUAAAAAGUCAUCCCCGGAACUAUAUAUGAACCAACUAGGCAUAGCGGAUUUAAAUGCAACACUCUAUACGGAUGAAUAUGCGACUAUCUCUAUCCGAGACUUCCAACUGUACAAUUCCAUUCGACAGAUCUCUGCGAAGGCCAAAAACCCUUGCAGAUCAUCACCGUGUUCCAAUUUAUGCUUGAUAUACCCUACACUUUCAUUUGCCAGUUCUUUGGAUAAACUUGGUUAUAAUUGCAUCGAUAUCUCUUCAAAUGAUAAUCACCAGUGCGAGGAAUCGGAUUCGAUUGGCAGUCUUCCAACAGAAGAUACUUCUUUUCCGCUCGUACAGUGUUUGGUCGCUGUGAUUGUUCCAAUGACAGUAUUAGGAGCAGCGAUUUUCAUCUACUGUAGAUAUCGUAGAGCAAAGAUUAUCCCGAACCCAUCACAAGAUGAACGAAUUAUUCCUAAUGAUGAUAAUAUUAUCGAAAGCGAAUUUUAAUCAGGGAAGUAAAUUUGUUCAGUACUUGUACCACGUGCUGGGUGCUGCAUCUCUUUGUGGAAGAAAUUUCACAGAUAAUUACACCAUACACCUGCAAUUGUGAUGUUGUUGGACUUUAUGAUGAUUGCUGUUGGUGCGAGUGGUGAAUUUCAAAUAGAAACGAUUACCUAAUGCCGAAGCAUUAUUCGACCUGUCAAAAACUUAUGUUACCAACCUACAAAGUGUAAGGAGCUGAGGACCUUGAUUGUAGGUAUCUAAGUGAAUCAUCAUUAUUCAUCCAUAAUGAUUCGAUGGGUUACUUCGUCAUGUUUAUGGUGUAUAUUCGAACCAAAUUCGUAUAUUGAAACAUAGAUAAUGUUGUAAGCAAUUUGAUAAACCCCUAUGUAUCUCACUUAGGCAGUUAGGCCUAUCAUUUUCAAAAAACUUGAUUCAUUAUUAUUUUCAAUUAUAAUUUUUUAAUAUCCA